AUAUUUCAAGUACCGUUCCAUACGCGAAUGAUUCAGCACAGUAGUAGUUACGUCACAUAUACAGCUACAUUCUCGAAUUACCUAUGAUAAAGCCGGCGAUGUUUGAGUUACAUUGUUUGAUCGCCAGGCGAAUGUUUAACCAUGAGUAAUGUCAGCAUUCUUGAUGGCCGAUAUCUAACCGGACAUUACCGGUGUUCGAUAGCACGAUGGUAACGUCGUCCUUGUGAUUUACUCAUCUGUCAGGUGAGAGACAGCCCCUUUCUUCUUUCGCGAUUUCCCCGACCACUUCAGUGCGGCGAAGAUCGCAGCUCUGAAAUGAUGUGUACGUCGAAGGAAAGGUGCGCUCUGCUGACGUUCUUUCUUCUAUUUACUUUGGGUUCGGGUGAUCCGUUCAGGCAUACGCAGCGGUACAAUCCCGUGAUACCGUCACUUUCGUGGCAUCUCGUGCCACCCUCGGAGUACAUCCUACGCGAGAUUAUCAAAUCGGUCAGCCUGUCGCCACUGGAUGCCAAUGUACCCUAUAAGCGGCCGUUGGAUGCUUCCUACUACGGCGGACCGGUCGCCACGUACUCGGAUGACGACGAGAAUGUCAUUCUGUCGCGUGGAAACGUUUAUCGUUUGCUAAACGGUCAUUGGAUGCUAUGUCAAGACGGAUGCGUCGACUGCGAACCAUGCGCAUUUCAGAGGAAUCCCUUAUUCACGUGGCUUCUGCGGAGGAUCAAGCAACCGCCAAAUUCCAACCCGACGCGACAUGAUCUCCAGCUGACGAUAAUACCGCAAAUGAGCGAUCACUACCACGCCAGCAAUCUCUGGCCGAAUUACUACGUCUACGUGAUGUCACAGAAGGAACGAGCGCCGAUCUCGGCGAUUAGAACGAAGCAAGACAACGGUUCGGAAAAUCCUCCACUUGAUCUGGAAAAUAGUUUUUCCGAGCUUCAUCGUCGUUCGAAGGAUCUCUGGCGGAUGACGGAACGGGACUCGAGUGCCAGCCGGGACGAGAUACCGCAAGAGGAUAACCAUGCUAUCAUUCAGGAGACAUCGAGCAUCGAGAAGACCGAGAAAGAGGAAUCGCUCGACCAGAAGCAAGGACUCGAGAAUAUGAGACCUCGACAUCGACCUCCGCCGAGACCCGUGGAAAAACCCGCGGAAGAAGCGAAUCAAUUGGCACCGAGCUUGAUCCUGGGAACCGAUCAAAAAGGUCAGAAGCAUUUGGUUCACAUGGUGCCGGCGGAUUAUCUGGCGACCACUGCGCUUCCUGCGAUUUCUCUUCUUCCGGAUCACCCGAUAUCGCCACAGUUCGCAGAGGGUCAAGCGACACAUUCAAACAAUACGAUCUCCAAAAGCGAGAUGCAAACUUAUCAACAGAUAUUUCGUCGAGUUUUCGACUCUUUGAACACACACAGACGGUCGAUCCAAAAUUUCCUCGAUACAUCGACGGACAACGUAGAUAAUCAUCGGUUAUCUCCCUCAACGGACAAUAUGGAAGUCGCUGGAUUUUCUUGGAAUAAUCGCGACGUAAACCAUAAAAGAGCUAAUCUAAAUUCGUUUCGUCUUAAUGAUGCGCUACUGACACCUUUCUAUGCGAGAAACGAAGGUAGAAUGAAGGGGUAUCAGCAACAUAGAAAUAGGUAUGAUUACGAACGUAUGAAACAGGACAAUGAUUAUGACACGACAUAUCGAGAUAUAAAUCAAGCUAAGAUGACGCCUAGACAGUCACAAAUGAGUUUUAAUUUGGACAUGGACAGACAACGACGGAGAAUACGUAUCAAACCGUACUUCAUUAAUGACAAAAGUAUUUCAAGAAUAAAUUCAUCAAUAUUGUUAGAAAAUUUAAACAAUUAUUCGAUAAAUGCUAAUGAGAAAUCUGGUUUUAGAAAUAGUAUUGUUAUAAAUCCCGCGAAACAAAUUGAUCUUAAUGACGCGUUUGUGGAGAGAGCAAAUAACAAUUCCAUGAAAUCGAAUUCGAUAACAAUAAAACGCGAGAAUGGACAAUUGUUUGGCUCAGAAAGGCAGGGAAGUGGCGAUGUUAAUCGAGAAUUCGAGGCUUCGCGCCAUGCUUUCAAGGUAAUUGUUACCGAGUCGCCGGUAAUUCGAAGCGAACACGAAACUUUAAAUCGCACUACGGCAUUACAAAUAACUACUCCGAAGACAUUCGCUAAUAGUUCGUAAUCAGUAGUCAGAAAGAAAGACUAAUAGCUAUAGAAAUGGAAGUUGCACACAUAUACAACUCUAAUUAUUUUAAUUAUACGUUCAUAUAAUUGUAGAGUAGUUUGCACGCAAUACUGAUAACACAUGAUAUUAAAAUAUAGCACAUUUAUAUUCUCUCAUAAAUAAAAAUGUAUCAAGAUUAUUUAAAA